AUGUUGAUGAAGAUUCAAGUUGCAGAAGAGCAAAAGAUUGGCCACCUCUACAUUAGAAAGUGGAGUAAAAGAAGAAGUAAUGGAAAAUGGAAAGCUUUCUAUUUCAAGUAUGAUGUGAAUUACCUGGACACAGAAAACAUCACGAGGAUGGACAGUGAUAAGAUGAGCUCAGUUCAGAAAUCACAGAAAUUUAAAGUUGAAAAAGAACUUAAUAAUGAAGAGCAUGAGAAUGGUGAUGGGUUUGUUAGUUUGGAAGAAUUCCUUGGUGAUUACAGACGAGACCCAACUGCAAAUGAAGAUCCAGAAUGGAUACUUGUUGAGAAAGACAGAUUUGUGAAUGAUUACGACAAAGAUGGGGAUGGGAGGCUUGAUCCCCAGGAACUUUUAUCUUGGGUGGUGCCCAAUAACCAGGGUAUUGCACAAGAAGAGGCUCUUCAUCUAAUUGAAGAAAUGGAUUUGAAUAAUGACUCCAAGCUUUCAGAGGCAGAAAUCAUUGAAAAUCAAGACUUGUUUCUUACCAGUAAAGCUACUGAUUAUGGCUGGCAGCUACAUGAAGAGCAUUUCUACCAUGAUGAGCUAUAG